GGAAAUUGCUUAAGGAUUCAUUUGUUGUCGAGUUAGUUGGUAUGUAUGGUCAACAUUGGAGGUUCUCAGAGAGGGUGAUGGUUCCCAUCUUGUUCACAAGUUGUCAACGGUUUGUGAGUGACAACCUUGUAGCAUUUCAGAGCCUGAAAUAAUUUUUAAAUUUGUCCGGCAAAACUUCCAAGCAAAAUGAAAUUUGACCGGAAAUUUUCAAAUUUGGUCGGAAAUUUUUUAGUUUAGUUUGAUCGCCUCCGUUGAGUAAAUUAUGUCAAGCAUGCAGUAAAUCACUCUAGUUGUAAUAAACAGCCUAUUUAACUGUCCUGAUGAAGGGCCUUUGUUCGAAACGUCGAGGAAACGCAUUCUUUAUCUUCCAGGUCGUCAAAUUAACAACAAUGAAAGCAGUCCUAACUCAUGCACUGUCACACAUUUAAGUUAACUAAACUUUGUUUAAAGCAUGCUCUGAUCGAAGAAACUUUGAUAACUUUCCAGUUGAUUACUCUAUAUAAGACUAGUAUAGAUAAUCUAAGACUAUAGAUACUGCACUCACUGUGCUGAGCGCCGACCCGAUAAUUUAAAAAAACCCAGAUUAUCAUUUUUUUUUCAACAUUUGUCCGGACGAAACUUCCGAUCAUUUUAGCAUUUGGUCGGAAAAACUGGAAUUUGGUCGGAAAACCGCCGACCGCCGGCCGUUAUUUCAGGCUCUGGCAUUUCGAUAAAAUGACAAAACAUGUUACAACAUGAUGUUUGUGGUGUUACUCUGAGUGUGCAUCCACACCGGGCAAGCUGAAAAGUUUGCCUGACCACGGUGGGAAUCGAACCCACGACCUUUGGGAUCCCAAAGGUCGCGGGGUCUUUGGGAUCCCAAAGGUCGUGGGUUCGAUUCUCACCGUGGUCAGGCAAACUUUUCAGCUUGCCCGGUGUGGAUAUACACUCAGAGUAACAUCACAAACAUCAUAUUCACCUGAGUACAUAACACCAACACGUACAAGAAAGUAUCAUACAGUAUCUUAGAAUACAUUGAUAUCAAAGGAACUAGACCGAAAUAUCCAACUUGACCUCGUAGCUACAAGCUUGCUACAAGCCUGUUGCGAACACAUCUUGUUGACAAGUUAUGAUGUUUUUAUACGUACAGUAUGUAGGUCGCUAAUCUACGAUCAAUGUUUCAGAUUUCUAUUUUUUAUUUAGAUGGACAACGAAAAUAUCGACAUCUAUUCUUAUUCGACGAUUUGUUCAUCUCGGCCAAAUUAAAGGUCUCAAACAGGUAGAGUUUUACGUAUGGGUAUUAAAUGGUAAUAUAUCUUUCUCACAGCUUCAGUACAAACGUAAAAACGCACAAGUUGUUACAGGUCUGCAAACAAGUUGUUACAAAUCUGUUCACAAGCUGUCGACAAGUUGUGUUCGCACUGCUUGUCCCAAGUUGUUGUAACAAGUGUGGAACAAGCUGUUCACAAGCUUGAUGGCAUUAUCAGACUUGUUACAAGGUUGUUCUAACAAGUCUGAUACAAUCAUGAUAUAACAAGAAUGUUACAUGUUGACGACACAAGGUUGUAACAAUAUUGUUAUAUCAUGUCUGUAUUGGACUUGUUGGAACAAUCUUGCAACAAGUCUGAUAGUAUAUCAACAAUGUUGUUACAAGUUGUUAACAGCUUGUUCCAAACUUGUUGACAACUUGGGACAAGCAGUGCGAACACAACUCGUUGACGGCUUGUUGGCAGACUUGCUGCAACUAAAUUAUAAUGCAUAUUUUGUGUGUUUGUUUAGAAGUGAACAAUAUGCUAUCAAAUGGUACUGUUCGUUAAACGAUAUCUCAUUUUAUCCAACACCGAAUUCUGAAUGUAAGAAUCUUGAUUAUGUUUGCUUGUUUUUCUGAUUGUUUUCGAAUUUCGUGUAUGUUAGUGUAGAUAAUAGCCGAUACCAGGAUGUAUUCGCACUGCUUGUUCCCAGUUGUUGUAACAAGUGUGGGACAAGUUGUUUCAUCACCUUGUUACAAGGUUGACGACGGUAACAGACUUGCUACAAGUUGUUCCAACAAGACUAAUACAGGCUGUUCGUAACUCGUUAUCCUGAACAAGUUGUAGCUGAGUUGACCCAAGUCAUUUGCGGCAGAAAUGAACGAAUUGAGUCACUUUGGGGCUGUUGACUCCAGUCUAUUCAUUUUUUGUAUUCGACUCGAGUCGACAUAUGAACAGACCAUAAUAUUGUAAUGAAUAUUUUUAUUAGCUGCCCAGACAGUACCAGUCACGAGCAAUAUCGACAUCGAUAAUCUCAAAGCCAAGAUUGCCGCUGUUAAAGCUGACAUUCGUCAAGAACAAGGAAUGUGUGAAGGCGUUCCUUCUGAACAGCUAGAGGUAACUGUAGCAGCAGCAGCAGCAGCAGCAGCAGCAGCAGCAGCAGCAGCAGCAGCAGCAGCAGCAGCAGCAGCAGCAGCAGCAGCAGCAGUAGUAGUAGUAGCAGCAGCAGUAGCAGUAGUAGCAGUAAUAAUAGUAGUAGAUUUAUUCAACCUCCCAUUAGGGAUUUUCAAAACUAGAUGAUCUGCCUGCCCAUUCUUACAAGUACUUUGUUUUCCACAGAAAAAGAAAGGUCCAGGCGGUAGGCAUCCCUCAACAACGUCAUUAACAUCUGUGACAUCACGACCUGGGGUACAGUCGACCAAGAAAAGUAGGGAUAGACUGAAGAGAAAACUUGCUGAACAGGUUUGGAUAUGAAAACACUACCAAUUUUAAUUUGAGACCAGCGGUGUGCAACGCACUAACGCUUUCAACUUUUUCUUGUUCAGGAAGCUGCGUUAUGGCUGGCAUUACCAAGUUUGCCGCUGACACUUUAUCGAAGAUCUGGAAAGGUGGGUAAAUUUUGAACUCUUUUGGCAAUAACCGCUUCUUAUUACUGUAUGUUCAUGGCCGAAAAUCACGCACAUGAGUUAUUCUGCUUCUUUCGUGAUUUGCAUCCCACGUUGAAAUAUGGCUUCAACAGAGCGUUUGCACUCAUUCCCCAGGGACCAACUCAACAAAAUCCAUGGCGGCCAUGUUGGUGUUCCAGACAAUCCCCUUGAAUUGGAACACCAACUUGGUGGCUGUGACGUCAUGUGCAAACGUUCUAUAGUCAACAGUGAAUUAUAUAACGCGACGUUGUUGAUCGCAAAAUCUGAGAAUAAAGCACUGUAGGUCGUUUGCAACUUGUCUCAAUCGGAAGAACAAGCAGAACAAAGUAUUUCGUGUAAUGUUGAACUGAUUUCAGUCACUGCCUAUUCUGCAUUUUCAAUAGUUGUACAGAGGUUAGGUUUUACGACAUUUGUCUAUUUAAACCUGUAUGAGUACCGCACUACCGCCACUAGGAACAAACAAAAAUGCAGAAUAGGCAAUAACUUAAACCAGGCAAACAUUAGACUAAAUAUUUCUACAGACUUUGUUCUGCAAACAGCGAUUGAGGCAAACUGCAAACGACCUACCACCACAUUCUCUGAUUUUGCGACAGCAGAAAGCCCUAUUCACACAGACUACUAAAUCCGUAUUUGUUUUCAACCAGACACACAGAUUCCUUUUCUCGUCGGAUGUCGCUAGAGGGGACUGGAAGAGAGAUAUUUCAACACAACAAAAGGACUGUAAGUUGACUUGAUUUUUACUCUUUUAUGAAAACUGAAUUAGGUAUUGAGGUUCACUGAUUGUUCCAACAACUUGUUAUCGUCCUGCAAUUCGACAGGACAAAUUGUGAGUGACAACCUUGUUGCAACUUGAUAAAGUAACAGCAUUGUUACAACUUGUUGACAAGCUUGCUACACGCCUGUUGCGAACACAUCUUGUUGACAAGUUGUGAGCAACAACCUUGUAGCAAUUUGAUAAAAUAACAGCAUUGUUACAAGCUUGAUGGCAUUAUCAGACUUGUCACAAGGUUGUUCUAACAAGUCUGAUACAGUCAUGUUAUAACAAGAAUGUUACAAGGUUGACGACACAAGGUUGUAAAUAUAUUGUUAUUUCAUGACUGUAUCGGACUUGUUGGAACAACCUUGCAACAAGUCUUAUAAUGCCAUCAAGCUUGUUACAAGUUGUUAACAGCUUCUUCCAAACUUGUUGGCAACUUGGGACAAGCUGUGCGAACACAACUUGUUGACGGCUUGUUGGCAGACAUGUGAGAUUUUUACGGGUGUAUGUUUAUAAAUAUUUGAGAAAAAUUCUCACUAAAUUUGACAUCUAUUUCAGCAACUGCAACACUGAGUCCUUUGAGUCCCUUGGAGAUCCAGGGUCUUGCAGAAUCAUGUCUCGAGGUAAGAGGGAUACAGAUGAGUAUCUAGGGGCUUCGGUGGCGAAGUGGUUAGCGCACUUCCCUUUCACCCCUAAGGUCGCAGGUUCAAAUCUCAAUGAGAAUUCCUCAUUGUGACUCGAACCCAGUCCUCAUGUGAAAAAGUGCAUCCAUCCUAAUAAUUUAAUAACAAAUGUUGUAUGGCAAAUGCAUUUUUAGCCAAUCUGAGACAUCUGAUUUUGAAAAUUUUCUGGUGGGAGCAUGAAUUUUCCUGAUAAUUCCUCCUAGCUAGUAGUGCCCUUUUUUGCAUCUUUAUUUAUACCUUAAGAUCAGAUCCCUGAUGCAUUAGUUUUAUGUUAUUCGUGGAGGUAUUAAGAUUCUCAGUGGACUGAAAUGAUUUUUUCUGUUAACUUAUAGUAUGAGAUUCAGUUGGACAACUCGUUAGUGUCACAUAGUUACUGUGGCCGAGUGUCGAUUUACUUGAUUAUUUGUAGAAAAAGUUCAAUGUUCUCUUGCGGUCCCAGAGAGUAAAAUAUUUUUUCCACCCCUGCCGGUCGCUGAAAAAUUGUAAUGCGCACUUGAUCAUAUACAUAUGUGAAAUCGCGCAAUAUAAAUAUUAAAUAUUAUUAUUAUUAUAUUAGUAUCUAGGCUUUAUUUUCGUCGUGUGUCUCUCUGUAUAUAUAUACAUUGAUUUCGUGCAUUGUAAGAUAUUUGCCAUUUUUGGUUCUAGAUGCGAACGGUGCGGUCUCUUGGUAGUGUAAACUUAAAAGACGGUUAGUCUGAAUAUGUAUGUUUUCUAUGUUGUUUUCUUAAACUAAUAAGCUGUAUACAUGAAGACUCCGUUUCUUUUGAAAAAUUUGAAUGAUUACUGCUAAAGUUGGGAAUGUCGAAGGGUUCAAUAUACAGUACUGCAGGGGUGGAUUUGCUAAAUUUAAAAGGAAAUCACUACCGGGUCGGUGGCUUUAUAUGUGAUAAAAAAAUCAUGUUAAUUUAAAUAAACUUUAGCUUUGAUUUCCUCGGCUUAUAUACAACGUUUAUUUUAAAAAUUACUUCGCCAAUGUACUGUACUCAUCAGAUUGGUCGUUUUUUAAGCAAUUUAAAACAUUCGCAAUCCAUAUUACAUGGCUCUUCAUCCAUACAUUUAAAAAAACUAACAAACUAUUUCUAAAUUUUUACAACUGUCUUGUACAACUACAACUACAAUGUAAAUAAAUUUGAAUGGUUAAAAUCAGGUUAUGUGAGAAAAUUAAUCAAUCCUUAUCAAUCCUUUCUCUACCUUGAUCUAAUAAAAUUCUUUUAAGAGUAAUCUUAUAAUUUUUAAAAUCCAUUAGUUUCAAAUGUUCUGGAAGACUAUUAAAAACUCUAGCAGCAUUGGAUUGAAAACCGUCUUCAAUGUUAGAAUAUUCAAUUUUCAAACCACCGUCACAGUUACUACGCAGAACUCUUGAAACUCUUUUGACUUGGAGCGAUAGAUAACUUGGCCAUUUGUCAUCUCUUAGGGCCUGAUACUGAACUCAAUCCUUUCUUUGAUUGGUAGCCAUCCCAAUGUUAGUACAUCAUUCACUUUCGCAAAUUUACCAAUCACAAAACUUGUACAAACAAAAAUAGUACACAAAAUGAGAUAGUAACAUGAAGUAAGACUAGUGCCUCGUCAAAGGAAGAGUCCUGCACUCUGAUGGGUUAAUAAUUACCACGGUCUUGUUUUUCUUUCAGAUGAUAAUGUAUUUACUGGUGUUCUCUAUGUGGUGGUCAAUUCUGGAAAAGGUUUUGUGAAACCAAUUGGUAAGAAAGCUGUUUCUAUCUUUCAUCAAUUUUAUAUAAUUGUAAAUAUGCACUAGAAUUGCAGUCCUCGUCGGCAAAAAAUUGAGUUCGGCGGCAAUUUUUUGUCCCCUCAUUUUGUCUCUGAACACUAUUUACUCUGUUCCCAGAUUGCUACGUGGUUCUGGAAGUUGAUUAUUAUGGACAUUACGUGAGGAAAGCAAGAACGAAAAUUUGCAAAGCAUCCCAGGAUCCUUUAUGGGAAGAGGUACAGUAUAAUACAGGACUUUCAUAUAUGACAUGUCCAUUAAUAUAUUGUGAAUCCUCCAUUAUCCCAAGCCAGUGAUGUAACUUAACGCUUGCCCACGGAAAGUAUAAUAAUAAUAAUAAUAAUUUAUUCAUUUAAAUAAAGCGCAUAGGUUAUAUUAUAUACUCGAAGCGCUGUACAUUAUAAAAUCUAAAUAUAUUAAGAAUUAAAUAUGCUAUAUAAAACAUGGUAUUGUAUACAAUUAGAAUAUACAUUAAUGUAUGUAUCUAUAAUAAGAAUGAUAGAAUCCAAUAUGGUCUUAACCUAUAAAGGGUUAUAAGCCUUAUUGAAAAGAAAUGUUUUCAAGCGUUUCUUAAACACAGAAAUGUUUUCACAGUUCCUGACAUCCAAAGGCAGAGAAUUCCAUAAUUGUGGAGCAGCAUGUGCGAAAGCCCGAUCUCCGAGAGUCUUACAGUUUGUUUUGGGGAUGUAUAGUAGACCUUGACCAUCCGAUCGUAAUGUCCAUCGAUCACUUGAUUGUUUUGGAAUAAGCAUUUCAGAGAUAUAGUAAAAGUAAUUAUACGGAUUAAAAUAAUUACAAGUAAAAGUUGUUUUGUCAGAAGUUAAUUGCUAAACUAAAUUAUUUUGCUUGUUUAUGUUUUGCAUUCUGUUUAUGAUUCUUCAUUUAGUAAAUUACUGAAAUCAACACUUUAUGAUUAACGCCUGUAUUCUAAAAGCUCACUCACACUCAAUGAAUGGAGGUUCAAUCUGAUCUUCCCUUGAGUGUCAGUGCUGUUUUUGAAUAGCUGGAGGGGUAGUGUCGUACUGUACCAUGUGACUACUCACCCUCCAGCUAUUCAAAAACAGCAUUGACACUCAAGGGAAGCUCAGAUUGACGCCUGUAUUCUAAAAGCUCUCGCUCACACUCAAUGAGUGGAGGUUCAAUGUGAGCUUCUCUUGAGUGUCAACGCUGUUUUUGAAUAGCUGGAGGGUGAGUAGUCACAUAGUAAGGUAUGACACUAGCCCUCCAGCUAUUCAAAAACAGCACUGACACUCGAGAGAAGCUCAGAUUGAACUUCCACUCAUUGAGUGUGAGUGAGCUUUCAGAAUACGGGCGUGAACCUCCAGUCUUUGAGUGUGAAUGAGCUUUUAGAAUACAGGGGUAUGUCUUCAAAUGACUUUGUUAAGGAAAACAUAAGAUUAGAAUGUUGAUUAAUCAAUCCUUACUGCAAUCAUUCGCUUCGAAUUUUGCUAAUGCUGUAUGUGAGGACAAAACUACAGACCUGAUGGCAAGUGAAUUUUAUUCCGGGCAACCAAUGUUCAUGUCUAACUUGCCCUAUUUUCCCACUUUGGAGUAUUGCAUUAUGUAUUCUGUAUAUCCAACUAGGGCUUUCACAUUGAAGUUGAAGGGACGCAGUUUAUCAAAGUGUUGUGUUAUAAUCGAGCUCGAAUGAUGGGAGAUGAAUUAUGUGGUCAGGGAACCAUUAAAGUGAGUGUCUGAAGUCCAGAACUUUCAAGUAUACAAUCUAUUAGGUUUAACUGGGAUAGCAUUGUUAAUACAGGUAAUUAUCUUAUUUAAAUGUGGGUACCAAUUAUGUACCCAUUUCAUAUAUCUCUUAUUCUAUCUGUUUUUAUUAUAAAAAUGGUGGCUUUCUGACAGUUGAUUGCGGUAGAGAAGAUACUGCAAUCUGAACAUUCGUCAUAUCAUCAAAUAUAAAUGUUUACUCAAUAAUUGUGAAUGAAUUUUUUUCAUAGCAACCAUGCAAUUCCUUUGCGCAGAUACAUGUACGCCUAGCGUGCCUAUUUUUAAACCUAACCAGGAAUAGUUGCAGAAACUGCAACUAUAGUCAAACCUGCGGCCCUGCGAUUCUGGUGCAGCGCUCUAACCAAAUUAGCUACAGAGUCAAGUUUUCGAACAUUAACCACAAGUUCAUGUUUUAGUUGGAGAAAGAUGACCUGGGUAGCUGUCACUACCACGACUACACUGUUAUCUUAGACAAGCAGGUAAAAAUAUUCUUUUUUUUUCUUUCAAAAAUUCCCACUUUUAUUAAGUGCCGGCCAGUGAAACAAAGUUGUAUAUAUUUUUAAAACCAGGGUUGUAUCAUGGUGUCAAUCCAGUAUUCAACAACAUUGGAAGGUAUUCAUCACAGACGUUCUGUAUCAGCGAGUGGAGUGUUUGGAGUCAGUUUGGAAACAGUUGUAGCGUAAGUUUUGUACUAAACAAAAAGUGAACUAAAGACUAGUGUCCUAACAUAUAAUAUAAUUUAAUUUAUUAGGGCAAUCGCAACAGCUUGCGCCAAUUUCUGCGAUCCCCAAAUGUUAGACAAAAUAGAAAAAAUCAAUGGAUGAUCCCAGCAAAAGACGAAGUUUUGAUCUAGGCAAGAAGAACGAAAACCAUUACCAUAGCUGGAAAGAGCAUCUUAAAAUGAGUGAAAUUGCAAAGUUUGGUUGCGAAUUGUUGUAAAAUGAGGAAAAUAUAGCC